GCCAUGGCGCCCGCCGCGGCCACGCUGUCGCGCCUGCUGUGCGCGGGUGCCUGGCGCCGGCCCCAGCUCUGCACGAAGGCGGCGCGCGGCCCCGUCCGGCCCGGCUGGAGGACGCUGGGCAGCGGCCCGGCCCCGGCGGUCCGCGAGCGCGGGGACCACAGCGGUGUCGGUGGCCUGGCCCCGGACGUCCGUGACCAGGUCCUCCGGGAGCCGCUCAAGCACGCCGACUUCUUCAACGUGCGGGAGCUCUUCUCCGUGAGGAGCCUGUUCGAGGCCCGCGUGCACCUGGGCCACAAGGCCGGCUGUCGGCACAGGUUCAUGGAGCCCUACAUCUUCGGGAGUCGGCUGAACCAGGACAUCAUCGACCUGGAGCAGACGGCCGCGCACCUGCAGCUGGCACUCAACUUCACGGCGCACGUGGCCUACCGCGGGGGCGUCAUCCUGUUCGUGAGCCGCAGCCGGCAGUUCUCGCACCUGGUGGAGAGCACGGCGCGCGCCUGCGGCGAGUACGCGCACACGCGCUACUUCAAGGGCGGCCUGCUGACCAACGCCGGCCUCCUGUUCGGCCCCGCCGUGCGCCUGCCCGACCUGCUCAUCUUCCUGCACACGCUCAACAACGUGUUCGAGCCGCACGUGGCCGUGAGGGACGCGGCCAAGAUGAACAUCCCCACGGUGGGCGUGGUGGACACCAACUGCAACCCCUGCCUCGUCACCUACCCCGUGCCCGGCAACGACGACUCCCCGCCCGCCGUGCAGCUCUUCUGCCACCUCUUCCGGCUGGCCAUCAGCCGCGCCAAGGAGAAGCGCCGGCAGGUCGAGGCCUUGUACCGCCUCCAGGGCGCCGGGGGCCAGGGAGCGCACACCAGGCCGCCCGAGCCGGGCCCUGCGCCCUAGCCAGGAGGCUCUGAGCCUGACCUCGCCCAGCUGGCCGCCGUGACUUGGCCGGGCGCCGGGGUCCUGGGGCCUGGCACCGGGGUCCUGGGGCCUGCCACCCACAGACCGUCCGAGUCCGUCACUGGGAAGCUUGGGUCUCCCGGGAGUCCCAGCAGCUGGCGCUGCCGCCUCCAGGAAACCACCCGGGCUUCUCUCCGUCUGAAUCCCCCAGCCGCACGCGGUGCGAGCCGUGGGACCCUCUGGCCGGCUCCCGGCUGCAGAGAGGUGCGUGUCCCCACAGAAAUAAAGCCUGGAUUCGGGCAGUGCGGCGUGGGGCCUCGGCUUCUGCCCUGUGCGAGUUGGUGUUUCGAGGAGGGGCCACGUGGCGAGCACCGUCCUGCUACGGGAGCCAGGGUGGCCUACAGUGUGGGUGAGGCCAGCAGUGGGUCCAGCUGCCACAGGGGGCUCACUUGAGCCCACUGGACGGCACCUGCAUGUCCAGCCAGAGCAGGCAUGGGGGGCCACGGAGGGACAGCAGGGGCACUGGCCAGUGGGGACUUG